AUGUCCUUUUUGCUCAUUCUGGCAGAGGAACGACUGACUCUGAGUCUGCAGCAAACCAAGGCCAGACUUGAUAUCCGCCUCCUAAAGGCUACGCUCAGACAAACUGGUCUCUCCACAUCAGAUGAGCAAAAUGUCCUGCUGUCACGGGUUUACUUUAUUGAUAUUAAAUGGUCACUGAAAUGUACUUGUGUUUCAGGCACCAGUGGAGUGGAUGAUGAUCAUGUGUUCAUCAGUUCUGGUGUAAAUGUCCGUCUGUCCUGUAAUAAAACUCUUUCUGACUGCAAAUCAACUACAUGGAACUAUAACAGAUUCAGACAUUCAGCAACAGUUGAACUGAUUAAAUUAGGGAUAAAGAAUGAAGAAACAGAGAGACAUGAGAGACUGAGUCUGGAGUCUGACUGCUCUCUGAACAUCAAGAACGUCACAGAAGAAGAUUAUGGAGAUUACACCUGCAGACAAUUUGUGAACGGCACACAACAAGGAACUGAUGCACGUGUUCUUCUGCAUGUUCUUCAUGUUUCAGUGUCUCCAUCAUCAUCAUCUUCAUCCUCACAGACUGAGAUCAGUCCAGGCCGCUCUGUGACUCUCUUCUGUCAGUUGUAUACAUAUAUUAGAUACUCCUGUGAUUAUUGGGUUCAUUAUGGGGGAUUUGAGCUGUUGUGGGUGAAUCAGGCUGGUGUUGAUCUGAAGACAGACUCCAGAUAUCAGAUAUCAUCAUCAUCAUCAUCAUCAGAUCCCUGUAACAUCACUCUGACUACAACACUCCUGAAUGAAGAUAACAACAGAGAGUGGAGAUGUCGGCUUACUCUCAGAAAUCAACUCCAGACUUCAGUCACAUACACUGUCAAGUAUUCAGCUCAAGCUGAUUCAACGACAGCAGUGAAUCCAGUCCACAUCACACACUCUCAAUCUCCCUCAACAACAAACACACACGUAUCUAAAGGUCCAGACGACACAGCAUCAGAAACUGUAGUGUGUGUGAGUGCUGGAUUAUUAUACAGAGUGAUUGUGAGUAUUGUUGAGAUGGCAGUGUUUGCUGCUCCUACUGUGAUUCUUCUUCAGAUCAUCUGUGCAAGAAGAGCUGGGAGGAAGAACUUGCAGAACCCAGAGGAAAUAGAGAUGCCCACAAUAUUACAAUAACAUAUUACAUUGAAAUACUG